AUGGCAACAACAACCUUUACAACCGUGGUAGGAAUGGGUGGUGCAUCACGUCUCACCUCAGGAUUUAGGAAACCACAAGUAACUGCUAGGAAUCCUUUGAGGCAAGCUAUGGCUGUAGGAAAUGGUGGAAGGGUGACAUGCUUCCAGAGGGAUUGGCUACGGAGGGACUUCAAUGUGAUUGGGUUUGGGUUGAUAGGAUGGUUGGCACCGUCUAGUAUUCCGGCUAUUGACGGUAAAAGUCUGACUGGACUUUUCUUUGACAGCAUUGGAACUGAACUAGCUCACUUCCCUACUCCUCCUGCUCUUACUUCACAGUUUUGGUUAUGGUUGAUCUGUUGGCACUUGGGGCUGUUCAUCUCCCUCACUUUCGGUCAAAUUGGUUUCAAGGGAAGGACUGAGGAGUACUUUGAUUCAUAA